ACUCUCUACUAAUUAGGUGUAGAAAUUUAUCAAAAAUUAUUUUUGUCCAAAAUUCGACGUUAAUCUGCACCACAGGGCGAGACUGAAACAUGAAGAUAAAAUAUGAGGUAUGGAAUAAAAUGGAAAACCACUGAAAUAUAAAAGAUGGAAUCUGCGACUUCAUGUUUAUGCGACUCCGUGGAUCCGACGGAUCCUACGGAGUACCUGGAAAAGCUGAAGCAAAAAUAUGUAGAUCGGACGGCUAAGCUACAGGCUCAGCAAAGGGAACUGGAGCGAAAGAUCAUGAAAAUGGAAUCAUUUAUUGGCAAUAAAAACACACUAGACCUUCCUAAUGACGCUAGAGAAACAUGUCCCUGUGACACCGGAAUUCCCAAGGUAUUUCCAGAAACUCCAGUGCGUGAUUUACAAAAGCCCACUAUUAACACCGAUGUUAUCAAAAAUCAAAAACAAGUUACACAACAGUGCAGUUUUUUUCAAAAAAUGAUGGAAAAUGCUAAGAACAUGUUAUCUUUAAAAUGUACAUGUCCUAGUACACCGACUUCACCACCAACUACUGAGACAAGCAUGAAAGAUAAUGCUUUUAGAAAAUGUACAUGCUCUAGUACGUCAACUUCUCCUUAUAAUACCGAGGAAAAUACUAAAGACGGGGUAUUUGGAAAAUGUACAUGCUCAACCACAUUGACUUCAACCCAAAAUAUAGAUGGUACUACGUCCAAUGAAGUACCUACAAGAGAACACGACCACUCACUACAGGAAAAAGUAGUUGAUUAUGAUAUCUCUUUGACAAAUAAAUCUUCCCACACUAGUAAUUGCAGUUGUGAUUUAAGUGAACCAAGUACUUUACAAGAAAUAUCUUGUUCUUGUAAUCUUAUUGAUUCCAGAUUUGCUCAACAGCAAACAUCUUUAAAUGCAACUACUUCUACUACAGGAAAGCGAACAGGAACAGAGGUUGAUGCUGCCACCUCGAUAACCAAAACCAAACCUAAAUCUUCAGGAAAAAUGACGUUUUCCUCAGAAUUGGUAUCUGAGGAAUGCUCAUGUGAAGAUUGUGCCUGUGAAUCUCUCAAUACUUUGGGAGAAUCACCAGAAAUGAAAGAUGCUGGUACUGAUAAUGCAGUUAAAUUCAAGUUCGACUCAACAGCUCCUGAUGCUAAGUGCGAGUGUCCAUUAGGAAAUGCAGGAAUUCAAGUAAAAGCCCCAGUUUCCAACAAGCAAUUAUCCUCUUAUGAACCAACAAAGGAUACUGCAAGCAAAGCAUGUACUUGCUGUAGAAAUACAAAUUGUCCUUUGAGGUUUAAUGCUCUUUCUAGUGCAGGCGUACAAGUUGCCAGCGAGACUCAAAACAAAAGUGUUAAUAUCGAAAUACCCAAACCAGGAUAUAACGUUGGAGUCCUCUGCUGUAACAUCCCAACUUGUCCAAGUACUCAAAGUCAAAUUUGUAAAUCAGCCUUGACUAAUCAAAAGAACGAACCAGAUAAUCGGUCCGCUCAAAAUCAGUGCGCAUUAGUCGGCUCUCCACUUCUCAACAAGAAAGAUUUCGGAGAUGCAGCUGUACAAAACAAAGCAAGUAUCCAAAACAGAGCCAUUAGUGCCUCAAACGUUCCCUGUGACUGCAAUACUCCCCAAGGUCCUAAGAAUAUAUGCGACUUAAGUCAGUUUUCACUUACUUCUAAUGAUAUAACGGAAAUGAAAAACAUAGCUGAGUUAGCUACAAGAGAAAAGCAAAUGAAGCGUCAAAUCAGUGAGCUUCAGAGAAGAGAGAAACAGUAUCAAGAGGCUUCGAAAAAUGUUGAAUCCUUAAUGACAAAAACCGCUAAUCCUUCCUGUUGCUGUUGUCAAAGCAAAAAUGGAGGAGACGUUGGUUCAGAAAUUAAUAAAAUUAGUAAGGAGUUACGUUUAGAGAAUCAAAUAUUAAAAAAUGAACUGGAGGAUAUGAAGUUGGAGCUCAAGCAUUGUAUAGAAAAAGUUGAGGGACCUAUGAAAAUGAAGUUGCAAGUGGAAAAGCAAAAGUGCGAGUGUUUGCAAAACGAGUUACAAGAUGCCUCAAACAAUAUGAUGAUUAAUAAAACGACAUAUGAAAAAGAGAUGAACCAACUAAAACUUCAACUCUGUUGCGCUUGCACGAAUAUAACUGAGCUAAAUGAAAUGAACCAAAGACUAAAAAAUGAUAUGAAUCAACUUGACUGCCUGUGUCAGAAGCUAGAAGACGACCUAAUAAAACAAAAAGUGGAUGAAGCAGAAACCAUUAAGCGCCUAACCAACCGUAAAUUUAAUAAUAACGCCAUAUCUGAGGAGUUCAGAUGUGAGUCAAAUCUCGAUGUAAUUGCAAGAAAACUAAGUAAAACAAUUAAGGAGUUGGCUCCUUGCGAUGAAUGUUCCAAACUUCCGGCAGAGUUAGCCGGGGCGGCAAGGUGUAUUAAGGAACUUACCGAUAUGGUCAGAAAAAGAAAAGUCAAGAGCUCCACCACAAAUGCUGGCGGAUGUAAUUGUUGCCAGUCCAGGCCACCAUCAGAACUACCCAGUAGAGAUUUAUCUGAAGAUUGCUGUACGUGUUGCGGACCUCGAGAAGGGGAGGGAGAAGGCCGAAAAGAUGUAAAGACCCUCUUGUCUCCUGAUAAAGGUGUUACGAAAGACGUAAGCAGUAAGUUUAAUGUUGGAGGAGUACAGUCAAGUUACUAUAGUGCAAAAGAUAUGGAGAUUCCUUGUGCUAACAUAGGCCAUCCAUGUGCUAAUAAUAAGGGAACAGGUACAAGAGAAGAUACAAUUAAGGAAGAAACCCCUGUAAAAGAUAAGGUGCUACCAUGCUCAGAUAUAGGACAACCCUGCCAAAAAGGAAAAUCUCAAGGGCCUCCAAUACAAGUUCCAUCAAGAUUGAACCAAGAGUGUUAUGCUCCUUGCUCGGGAAUGAUAGAACCUGUUAAAGAUGACAAAGCAUUAGGCAAGGGAGAUGCUAAACCUUCUGAAAAAUUAGUAGAAGAUGAAGAUGGAUAUGAAGAAACAUCAGUAGACAAAAAAAAAUCUGCAGAAAUAGUAGUUGAAGAGAGAAAGGAAUCUAAACAAGAACCAAUAGAAGAAAAAAAGGGAUAUGAAGAACUUAAAGGCGAAAAAAAAGAAGAAUGCAAAAAAUUACCAGCCGAAGAAAAAGACUUGUAUCAAAAAAUGUCACUAGAAUUAAAAGAAGGGCCUGAACAAAUACCAACCUUGGAUAUUGAAUACUUUACAGAACCCAAGGAAGUAAAAGAUGAAACAUUUUUGAAACUUGAAUUGCAUGAGGACCAGCCGAAAAGUACAGAUGAACCUACAACAGGAAGUCUUACUGAGGGUCAAAUACCUACUAGCUCUUUUGAAGAGAAGUACUCACUUACUUCUUGUCAAAGCGAACCAAAGCCUCAAAUGGUGCAAAGUAAGGCAAUAGCAGAGAGAGAAUUUGUUAAUGCUACUCCAAAAUUAUCAAAGCCAGCAAAUCUUUUAAGCCGUCAAUGUCCUUGGAAAGAUGCAAAAGAUUUAUCAGGAGAUUGUUCAUGUGAAUCUUGUCUACGUGCAGAGAUAUGCAAGGACUCCAAAAUGAGUGUAAUUCCAAAUACGACUUCUACACCCCGUGUUGAUACUACACCUAACGAUUUCACUAGCAGAAUUGAAGCUACCCAAUCAGGAGUGGAGAGUUCUAAGAAAGAUAUGUCGGAACUUCCUAAAGACGAUGAUCACGUUCAAUUUGCAAAAAGUCUUCCAGACCAACGGAAUAUUGUACCAAGAGAGAUACCUUUUGAAGAAAAAAGGUGGGGGCCAGAAUUUCCCUAUGAUGUGCAGAAUAAAGCUUAUGAGAUUUUGGGAGAUAUACCUAAAGAUCUUCAUAUUACAACAACAAUAACUUCCUCUGGUACUUUAGAAGUAAUUACUGAAGGACCAGCAGGAUUAAUUGCAACAACAAUGACGUACACAAAAGAUGGCAAUAUUGAAGUUGAGACUCAAAUGGCAGAAGACCAUCCUCAAAUGGCAGAAGAAAGAGAACAACCUUUAGCCGAUGCUUUGGAAAGGUAUACCAAUAAGCCAACAAAAAUGCAUCCAAUAGGUGUCGCUUCCAGUAUUAUGUCAGGUCCCUCUGUGCCAGACAUGGACACGCCGUAUUCAGAAACUUCGGCUCUGACUAGUAAUAUAGCGUCGAGUUCAUCCGGGAUUAAAGCACAGGCUAUUGGAUCCCCGGAUCUGACAUCUGGCUUUAAUGCGUCCUCUGAGGCAGGUGCUCGACCUCAAGGAUCAUCUCAAGCUGUGCCUAUUACUGCAAUUGCAGAAAAACAACAGUCCAAAGCAGGACCUGAAGUAAGCGUCUCCAGUGAAUUCAAAAUAAGUUCCAAGGAUGAGGAACUUACUAAUGAUGCUCCUAUUGACGGUGAUAUGCAGAGCUCCGGAAAAGAAUCAGAGGCCAAAAUGCCACUUUCAGAGCUUGAAGGCAUAACUUCUACCAUAGGUCAGCUUCCAAGUGGUGAAGUAUUUACCCCAGAUCAGGUGAUUUCUGAUUUAGGUAUGGAUCAAGGAGAUCAAGCUGCUCAACCGGAUGCUUCUGAAUUAGCUGCAAUAGACGAAUCAACAAUACCCACGAUCCAAAUAGCUGAGGGUACUAAAGUUGAAGGUGAGAUUACAGAAGUUUUACAGGUACCUGGUGAUACUGGCGAAGAGGGAGAAAUAUCAGCUGUAGAUAAGGAAUCAACUAAAAAGGAGAUUUCAUCUGAACUUACAGGUGAUGCUUAUUCAGGAGAGACCGGCAAACCUGAGUCGGUUCCCACAGGUGCAAGGACAAUUUGUGACCGCUCCUGUCAGUCAAAAAAUCAAACAGAUCAGUCAUGUCAAUGUUGCGAGUGUAAAACCAUCGGUGUGUCAACAUCCGGCGAUAAAGAAACCAUCACAGAAACUGACGAAGCAAUGGGCAGGAUUGUCCAAGAUGAUCAUAUUGAAGGAACUAGGACCGAUACAGAUUCAGAGUUUGUGACCAUAAGCGACAAUACUGAACACGCAUUAGCUCAGACAUCUAGCAUUAAGAAACAAGGAGAUACUACAGAUGACGUAACAACUAUUCCAGCAACUGCAACUGCAGAAAAAGAAGGAGAAGAAUAUGAAAUAGAAACAAAAGAAGCUUUUGAAGCAGAGCAACCUGAGUUAGCGGAAGAAGAGCAAGUGCUACUUGAAGAGGUUAAAUCAAAAGCCAGUGGAGAAGAUGCUAAACUGCAUUCUGAAAUCGCUCAGUUACUCUCUAAAGAUCUAGAUAAAAAACUUAGCGGUUUAGAUACAAAAGAAGUAGAGAAGCCAUCUGACUUGGCGGUUGAAAUAUCCGAGCAAGUUCAGCAAGAAAUUGUUUAUGAAAGUAAACCAACCGAGGCAGACCAAAUAGGCUUAGAGUCAGUUGGAGAACCCCAGUUAAUUGCCGUCACUGAUGAUAUGCUACUAGAACAUCCUGAACUUAUUGGUAAGACCCCAUCUGAGCAACAGGAAUUGCUUCAGAGUCUUGGCUAUAAAACGCAAAAAGCAAGUACCGAAGCAGUAGGAAAGGAAUUAAUUGAAGGAAUAAGUGAAAUAAUAGAAAUCGAUGAAGAUAUACUAGAAAAGCAUCCAGAGCUUGUCGGCAAAACUCCUUCACAGCAACAAGCAUUGCUUAGGAGCCUUGGGUAUAAAGCACCAAAAAUAAGCACCGAAGCUAUACAAAAAGAAUCGAUGAAAGAAUCAGAUCAAAUAAUAGAAAUUAAUGAAGAUAUACUAGAAAAGCAUCCAGAGCUUGUCGGCAAGUCUCCUUCCCAACAACAAGCAUUGCUUAGAAGCCUUGGUUAUAAGGCACAAAAAGGAAGCACCGAAGCGGUACAGAAGGAUUUAAUUGAAGAAUCACCGCAGAUAAUAGAAGUUAAUGAAGAUAUGCUACGAAAGCAUCCAGAACUUGUUGGAAAAACACAUUCUCAGCAACAGGCAUUACUUAGAAGUCUUGGAUAUAAAGCAUAUACCCCAAGCCUAGAAAAAAUGUCUGAAAUUCAAAUCAAUGAUGACAUACUGCAAAAGCAUCCAGAGCUGCUUGGUAAGCGUCUUUCCGAACAACAAGCAAUACUCAAGAGCUUGGGUUAUAAACCAUCGAAAGCAGAAUCUGAUCAGUUAGUACAAGAAUUAGUACCUUCUAGAAUAGUAGCAGUUGAUAGUAGUUUGUUACAAAAACACCCAGAAUUAGUAGGUUUAAGUCGCGAAGAACAGCAACUAAAACUUAAAGAAUUAGGUUACGAUUUUACAGAUUCAAAAGAACAGCCACAACUACUUCAAGAUCGCGAAUCUGCUGUCCAGUCCAUUAAAGAACAAUCUAAAGAUUUUGUUAACAACCUAAUAAUGGGUGGCAUUAUAAGCAAAGAUUUCUUAAUGAGUCAUCCUGAAUUAGAAGGAAAAACAGCAGAAGAACAAAGAGAAAUACUAAAAAGUCUAGGGUUUGAUGUGCCGGAGGUUUCUACAGCAUUGGCAUUGGACCAAUCCCUAAUACAUAUUCCAGUGGGCGAAGAUUUGUUAGAAAAGUAUCCAGAAUUAAUUGGAAAAACCUCAAAAGAGCAACAAGAGUAUCUUAAAUCUCUAGGUAAUAGGCCCAGUAUAGCUGUGAACCCAGAGAUUCUAAAAAAACAUCCAAGCCUUAUUGGCAAAUCUUUGGAGGAACAAAUGCAGCUUUUGGAAGAUAUGGGUUAUAUCUUAGACGAAGUGCUUGAACGUGUUGAUCAACAUCAACGUCUUUCCGAGGAAGUUGAACCUAAAAAGAAACCUCCGUGCAAGGCUCCAUGUAGUAUAGUACAAGUUGCUGCAGAGUCGACAUAUUCUACUCCCCGAGUAUCAUCUAAAGAAAUUAAAAUUUGCAAAGCUCCAUGUAGCCGAAAACCCUCAAAAACAUCACCAAAACCUAGCACCAGUCAAGUUAAAUCAACACCGCUUGAACAAUCCGAGUCUAAAUCGUCAGGUUUAAAGUUUAUUACACCAGAACCUUCUUCAAGAGAUGUGUCUAUAUGUUGUAAGGUGUGUUGUCGUACCACUGCGACUGAUAGUAUACCAACAUCAACUAAACCAUCUGUUGAUAAACAAGCUUCUUGUAAAAGUAUAUGUAAAAGUUCAUGUAGAUCAGCUGCUACUAUUAAUUAUACACAAACUCCUUCAAUAAGUAAAAAAGACAUUGGUGUUAUUGGUGAUGCUUCUGCUGCUUCUCAAGCAUCAAAAUCACGCAGUAUUUCUUUACAACAAAGGCCUUCUUCACGCGACGAUUCUACAUGCUGUAGGACAAGCUGUAGAUCUAUUUCAUUGCAAAGUUCUAAAACAAAGCAUAAGGAAGUUAAAGAACUAGUUCCGGCUAGGACCGAAUCCAAUACUACCUCAUCUUCAUCCGAUGGUAGACUCAAAUCAGAAAAGAAACAAAAAGAAAAAAAUCCUCCUGGCGAAGUUCCCUCUAUUGUGUCUGAGCUCUCUGAUAAAGAAAGGCCACCAGUCGAUUCUACGAAGAGACCGAAGUCUAGCAGAAAAAAGCGUAGAAAAGUAUGGGACUGUUUAAAAAGUGCCAAAUGUAGCUGUCAAGAUUCUUGUAUGUGUAACGUAUGCUCGCCGCAUCGUAAUCGCGAUAUAAGGGCAGGAAUGGGUAGGCCUGUACGCUCUUGCGAUUGUCCCUCCCCGGGAAAUAUGAUGAUGAUUUCACCUAUGAUGGUGGUGCCGCCAAUCCAAAUGUCUUAUAGCAUGCCACCAACAGGGCAUGCAACAAAUUGCAGAUGCAACGCCUGUCUCUCUAAUGAUAUGGAGCAGUCUUUACCACCCAGGAGAGAAGUGUCCACGCGACCACAAGGCGAGUCCAGAAUGCUUCAAACCGAAUCACCCCCCACAAUGGAUGAAAAUGACCGUCGUGGCAAGAAACUAGCAAACCACCCAUCGUCUUGUGAAUGUGUUGAUUGCCUUUGCAUGCCCAAGGUUAAAGCACUUGCAAGAACAAAGGAGUAUCCUGUGGUUUAUGAUUCUAAGCAAGUUUUUCAAGUAAAAGUAAAGUGUGAUACUUGUACCAAUGCCAAGGCAGCCAGGCGGUAUCUUGAGCAACGAUCUAGAAUACCAAUACCGACAUCAAGACUGAGUGCAAGCAGGGUUAAUAGCGGACCUUCUCAAGCCCGGCAAUUAACUCAGCCUGAACCAUCUGCACUUCCACAAUCCCAUAAUGGAUUACCGCCUUGCGAAUGUACAGAUUGUAUAUGCUCUGAGUGUCCAGAUGACACUAAAAGAAAACCUGGUAAUAAUAAAAUAGUGCCUCCUGUUACAGUCAAGCCCAGCGAACAAAUUAACAAACCGGAGCCAUCUGUUACCGUGACACCUGGAGACAAGCAAAAAGGGGAUGAUGUCCCAUGUACAUGUGACGUUUGUUCUUGUCCACGGUCAGAUUUGAUUAAGGGUGAUGGAGUCCUAGGAAAACAAAAAGAUAUAGCAGGAAAACUUCCUCCCACAUCAGAGUCAGUUGCUGGUGCUGGAGGAGGAGGAGGAGGUGAAGCAUGUACCUGUGUUGAGUGCUCAUGCUGUGGAUGUUGCCUAAAAAACCUUAAAGGCGAACCUAAAGAAGUUACAGCAGAAGCUGAAAAGUCCCCAUCACAUCAAGAGCAGCCUCCUAGUGGCGACAUACAACCUCCAAGUGAACAACAUAAACCUAGUACUGCAGAUCAUCCUCCAGAUUGUGAGUGCGGAGAUUGCACUUGUCCAGCUAUUGAUGCCUAUCGAAAAUACCCACACGAAGGCCCUUCUGAACCUGCCCCACCGACGGAUGAUGGUACAGAACAUGCAACGCCCACUACAGCAGAAACUCCUAUCGAAGCACCUCCUAACGAAUCUCUUCCUACUGAAGUGAAUGAUUCUUCAGAAGAGAAGUGCGAAUGCGAAGAAUGUGAGUGCCCUGGACGAGACAAUAUGCCGGGAGUUAAGGUACCUCCUUCAGAAACCAAGCCUCCACCGACGGAAUCCAGUCCAGAAACACCGAAAUCAUCGGCACCAGGAGCAGGAGGUCCACCGAACGAUGAGGAGUGCCUUUGUAUUGAUUGUAAAUGUGCAUUUAAAUCAGCAGAACAACCGCCUUCAGGUACCGGAGUACCCCCAACUGAAAGCCAAGCGGGAAAAUCACCUUUGGCCAAUAUACCUUCAUGUGACUGCAGCCCGUGCCAAUGUCAGCCUUGUGCAGAUCCAAAUAAAGGUGAAGAUGAGCCUUGCACCUGCACUCCUUGUGAGUGUUCAGACGAAGUCCCAAAAGAACAUCCAGAGGAAUGUGAUUGUCCAGAAUGCAUUUGCGUGGUAGAUACAGGCACAAAUCCAGAGCCUUCUGAUUUACCACCAAAAGACGAACACCCGGCGGACUGCGAUUGUGAUGAGUGUCGAUGCUAUGAUGAAAUUCUUCAAGAUCGAAGUAUGCAGACUACUCCUGGUGCAUCACCAGGUGUUGGUGAUGGUAAGCCUACAGAAAAGCCUUCAACAAAAGAUGUAUCUACGCACCCUGUUCGUUGUGUGUGCUCAAAAUGUAUCUGUCCAUCAGAAGUCGAAUGUAUUAAUCCCCGAGAAAGUAAGGUUUGUUUAUGCGUGCCAGAAUGUCUUUGCGUCGACUGCGUCAUGAAGCAAAGCGAGAAAGAAAUUAAAGUUAUACCACCAUCUGGAGAUUCGGCUAAGCCAAGUUCAAUAUUAAAAGGAGCAAAUUGUACUUGUGAUAAUUGUAUAUGUAUUGACUGUAAAGGAGCUUCAGCAGGCGUAACUAAACCUUCGGAACCAAAAGAAACUUCGGAGUUAGCACCUGGAAACCACGAAGCUGGAUGCACUUGUGCUAUUUGCCGAUGUGACAUAUGUAGUACGAAACCCGGAUCUGGGGACAAACCCGCAUCUGGUGAUAAACCUGAUGGAGCUCAUCUACCUGGAUGUCAUUGUAGUACUUGCCACUGUGAAGACUGUGACGCACAUGCAGAUAAACCCGAAGAUCACCCAGUUGGAUGCAAAUGUGAGGUCUGUGGUUGUGAUGUGUGUAGCAGAAAAGCCGAAGAUGAGAGUAAAGCAUCCGGUCCAGCAGGUACACCCAUUUGCAUAUGUCAAGUUUGUGCAUGCGGACCUUCAAAGCCUCCGGUUAAUUUAGCAGAACCGGCCGCUCAAGAUCAAGAGACACAUUCCCCACUAUGUAUAUGUAAAGUUUGCACUUGUUCACCUUCCGACCAAGUUGGAAAACCUGAUGGUAAACCAGGAGGUGAUGCCGCUCUUAUGGAUCCUCCACCUUUUGAACCUCCUCAAAGAAUAGACUGUAACUGUAAAGAAAAAUGUGAUUGCGUGAUCUGUUCUUCCCACAAAGGUAACCUAAAACCAGAGGAAUCAGGAUCUUGUCCUCCAGAUCAUCCGGGAUUACCUGACGACUAUGUUCCCCCACCGUUUGAAAUUCCUGUAAGAAUCGAAUGCAUAUGCAAGAGAUGUAGUUGCACUUUCUGCAACAAAGAUGCACCCCCACAACGCGAUGUUGCCGCUCAACCUUCCGUUGGAAUAGGCAUUAAAGACGUUACAUUUGGUAAAGACGUGAGUGCACAACAGUCUCAAAUACAGAAAAGCAUAAGCACCCACCCCAAAAACUGCACCUGUCAAGCUUGUACUUGUAUUGAAGAAAAACAUAACCAAACUCCGGGCGAUCUUGGAGCACCCAGUCAACACGCAGAUAAGUGUACAUGCCAAAGAUGUGACUGCAAUCCAUGCAGAUUUAUGGGUCCAGUACAACAUCCGCCAGGUUGCACCUGUCAAAGAUGUUUUUGUUCUCCCUGCAAAUUUGACAACAAUGCAAUACCUCCAAGUACUUCGCAACAUGGACAAGGAGUCGGCGUUGCUCCAGGUGCAUCUCAGCAUGGUGGAGGAACAGGAGUUCAGGGAUUUAAUUGUGAAUGUGAAAAAUGCGUCUGCUCACCAUGCAAAUUUAAAGAAACCAUAGGUCCAGCUGCCUCGCAACAUGGACAAGGACCAAGCAUUGCUCCAGGUGCAUCUCAGCAUGGUGGAGAAACAGGAGUUCAUGGAUUUAAUUGUGAAUGUGAGAAAUGCGUCUGCUCACCAUGCAAAUUUAAAGAAGCAUCAGGUCCAGGUGCCUCGCAACAUGGACAAGGACCAAGCAUUGCUCCAGGUGCAUCUCAGCAUGGUAAAGGAACAGGAGUUCAUGGAUUUAACUGUGAAUGCGAGAAAUGCGUUUGCUCGCCGUGCAAGUUUAAUGAAGAGGCGGCUGCUAAAUCUCUUACGGCACCUCCAAGCUCAGUACUACCUGGUAGCAAGUUACAGCCGACAGCAGGAAAAGACGCAUCUGUGCAUAUUGAGGGACAAUUGCAUUGUAUCUGUCCAACUUGCACCUGUGGGGAGGGCGAAAUACACAAUACAAAUCUUGACGUAUCACAAGGCAAAUUUAGUAAACCACCAAGCAGCACACCCUCCAGAAGUCAAAGAGCACAAGUCGAGCAAAGUGCCGACACCUUAAUCCUACCGAAACCUAACAUACGUGAUAUGUAUCCUCCUAAUGUAACUCAGUCAGAAGGAAUGCCAAGAAUUGGUCAGCAGGCUUCAGGUAAAGCUGUAGGUAAACCUCAGUCUGUUAAACGUAUGGAUAAUGCUACGUUGGUCCAGAGUCUUCAGAAAGCCAAUAAGGAAAGCUGUGAGUGUAAGGAACAAAUUGAAGAAAUUAAAAAGACACUGGAAAAAAUCAGAUGCGCAUGUAGUGAAGCAGAAUAUCACAGUACGCAUAAUGUGGGUCAGAGUAUGGGGAAAGAUAUGCGUCAAAGUAGUGCACGUCCAUUUGUCAAGCAGGCGUCUGCGUUUGGUCAGACCAUGUCAGGUUUAAAAAUGGCUUUAAAUAAUUUACAAUCGAAAUGUAAAGCUAAAGAUAAGAUGAUCGAGGCAAUGACAACAGAACUGGCUCAAAGGGGUACUCCGGAAGUGUUUGAUAGGGUUUUAGAUAUGUCUGUCAGAAUUCCACAGGCUCUGGAUUAUGAUCAGGCUGAAGAUGUACGAUCUUUAGACAAAUUAGAGCAUGAAAAGUUAGCUGUUCUUUAUGCUCCCACACAUAAAAAAGAUGAAUGUACAUGUGCUGAAGACUUAAGACAAGUUGCUUCAAAAGGUGUCGAAGUAAGAACACAUAAACAUAAGAAAAAGGAUAGAAAAGAAAAAAAGACUGUUGCUGUAGAUGACUGUGAAUGUUUACAUCCCCAAAUUGUGCAGAGGGAAGAAAAAGAUUGUCAAAUGAUUGACCUGGUUGGUUUUGAAGUUAUCGAUAUAAGAAGGAUCACAGAAGAUAGCUUAAUAGUUAAAUGGAAUGUACCUAAAAACCAAGAUGUACAAGGUUAUGAUAUUUUUGUAAAUGGCUCAGUAGCAUCAAAGGUUAUGAGUGGUACACGAACUAGCGCCAUGAUCCACUCUUUAGACUUGUCAAAGAGUAUACAAAUAACUAUUUAUGCUGUAACUAAAUGUGGUAGAAUAGAGCCUCCUGCUAUUGCCAUAUAUGAAAUCAAAAGCUAGAUAUGCGACUAAAUUUAAGAACCAAUAUUUUGUACCUGCUACAUUUGACAUGACUGUACUGUUGUAAUCUGUAAAUAAAAAAAUGUAAAAAAAACUUAAAUAAUUUAUUCUAAAAAAUAAAAAACCUAAAAUGC